CACUUUUCGAUAUCAUUAUAUUUUAAUUAAAAACCGGGUCGGCUCUCUCUCUGUCUCUUGCAUUAACUGAAGAGCUUCUCCUUAGUUACUUUCUUUCUUUUCUCCGAAUUUCGAUCCUCUGCUCUGCUCCAGCUUUCAACUUUCAACUUUCACAGCUCUCGGAUUCGAUCGGAUCAUCUUCGCUUGCUUCGGAACUCAGUUUCUCUCGGUUUCUUUUUUUAUUCUUUUUUUGUCUUCUCUGCUGUUGCACAAGGGCUCAAAUAUCAAGGAAUUGUGUGCAUUACAGGGCUCAAAUUACAGAUUAUCUUGAUGUGAUACUGCUAAGAAGUUGAAAAUCUAUAGAAAAGAUGGUGAAACAUCGCUUUAGAGAGUCUAUUAAAUCUUUGUUUGGAAGUCACAUUGACUCUAAUAAAGAAGAGCAGCUCCAGGAAGCUAAAGCAGAAAUUGAAGACAAAGUGAAAAGGAUAUUGAAACUUAUUAAAGAGGACAACCUUGAAGAGGAUGGUACCCCAGUAGAACAUUCUAAGAAGGAACCGCUUGUUGAACUGAUUGAAGAUUUCCACAAUCAAUACCAAUCACUGUAUGCACAAUAUGAUCAUCUAACGGGCGAGUUAAGGAAAAAGAUUAAGGGCAAGCGAGAAAAGGGUAGUUCUUCAUCCAGCUCAGACUCUGAUUCAGAUUCAGACUAUUCUUCAAAGGACAGAGACAACAAAAACGGACAACUGGAAAAUGAAUUUCAAAAGACAAUUCAUGACUUAAGGCAAGAACUUGAAGUGGUGCAUAUAGAAGUGGCUGAGUUAAAUCGUAAGUUGACAAUCACACAUGAAGAGAAGGAGGAUCUUAAUUCAAAAUAUCUUGCAGCAUUGAGCAAGAUACAAGAAGCAGACAAAAUUAACAUGGACUUGAAAACUGAUGCUGAAGCAUUAGGCACUCAAAGAUUAAAACUUUUGGUUGAGAAUGCUGAACUAAAUAAACAACUGGACACUGCUGGUAAAAUAGAAGUUGAACUGAGUCAAAAAUUGGAAGACUUAACAGCAGAAAAAGAUAGUUUGACCAUGGAGAAGGAAACAGCUCUCCAACAGAUUGAGGAGGAAAAGAAGAUUACUGAUGGCUUGAGAACCCUUGUUGAUCAACUGAAAGAUGAGAAUUUAGCACUUGGCAAAGAGUUAGAGGCAGUUACAGGUGAAUUUUCCAUUCUGAAACAGCAGUUGGAACAUGCAGAACAGCAAAUGACAGAUAUAAGGCACAAUCUGAAAGUUGCUGAGGAAGAAAAUGAAUCUUUAAAAGUGAAACUUUCACAGGCUUCAAAUGAGGUUCACCUGGCUCACAAUAGAAUACAAGAUUUUGUAGCUGAAUCAAGUCAGUUAAAGGAGAAACUUGAUGAGAGUGGAAGGGAAAUUUCUGCCCUCACUCAGAUGCAUGAAGGAUAUCAGAAAGAAUCCUCAAAUCAAAUCAGGGAACUGGAGGCACAAGCCACAACCCUGGAGCAGGAAUUAGAAUCACUGCAAAACCAGAAGAGAGAUAUGGAAGAGCAAAUUAAGAGCAGCACAACUGAAGCGGGGGAACUAGGAGAGCUCAAUUCAGGACUACAAAACCAAAUAUCAGAACUUGAAAUAAAGUCCAGAGAAAGAGAAGAGGAGCUAUCUGCUAUGAUGAAGAAACUCAAAGAUAAUGAGAAUGAGUCAUCUUCUAAAAUGUCAGAUUUAACAUCUCAGAUAGAUAAGCUGCUGGCCGAUAUAGGCACAUUACAUGCUCAGAAAAAUGAACUGGAAGAGCAGAUCAUUUCUAAAAGUGAUGAAGCUUCGACUCAAGUCAAAAGCAUUACAAAUGAGUUGAAUGCGUUGCGGCAAGAAGUGGAGUCCCUCCAACACCAGAAAUUGGACUUGGAAUUUCAGUUAGUGGAAAAAGUCCAAGAAAAUUCUGAGUAUGUGAUUCAAAUGCAAACUCUGAAAGAGGAAAUUGACAGAAAAAUCCUGGAACAAGAGAGACUUCUGGAAGACAAGGAAAAUUUAGCCAUGAAGCUAAGGACCCUGGAAUUAGAGAUGAACACUAUAAAGAAUAAAAACAGUGAAGCUGAAGAGCAAAUAAGGGCUAAAAGCCAUGAAAUCAGUCACAUGAGUAAGGGAAUGCUGGAGCUACACGAAAAAAUAGCAGAAAUAGAGAAAAUAUCAACAGAUAGAGAAUCACAUUUCUUAGUUCUCCAGGAUAAAUUUAUUAAUGCGGAGCAAGUGGUUUCAGCUAAAAUAAAGGUAUCCAGUGAACAAAUUAAGAAUCUUGAACAUGAUCUGGCUUCCCUGCAUCAGGAGAAACAGGAAUUAGAACAGCAGUGUGAAAAGAUGAAGUUGGAGGUGGAUUCCAUACAGAACCAGAAGAGUGAAAUUGAAGAACAAAUGAGAGCUAAAGACCAUGAGAACUCUGGGCUGAGAGAGGAAAAUUUGGGAUUUCAGGGAACAAUUACUGUUCAGGAGAACACAUUAGCCGAGAAAGAGGCAGAGCUAUCCUCUUUACAGGAAAAGCUUCACGAAAAAGAGAGUGAGGCUUCAGGCCAAAUAACUGCCUUCACAGUCCAAAUUGAUAAUCUAAAACAUGAUUUGGUGUCUUGGCAGAAUGAGAAACAGGAAUUAGAACAGCAGUGUGAAAAGCUGAAGAUGGAGCUGGAUUCAACAAACAACCAGACGGGUGAAAUUGAAGAGCAGCUGAUAGCUAAAGACCAUGAGAACACUGAACUGAGAGAGGAAAUUUUGAGACUGCAGGAAGCGAUUGCUGCACUGGAGAAAACAUUAGCUGAGAAAGAAUCAGAGUUAUCCACUUUACAGGAAAAGCUUCACGAAAAAGAGAGUGAGGCUUCAGGGCAAAUAAUUGCCUUCACGUCUCAAAUUGAUAAUCUGCAAAAAGACCUGCUUUCCUUUCAGAAAACAAAAGAAGAACUGGAGCUCCACUGUGAAAAAAUUAGCGAAGAACAUGCACAAAGCCUUGUAAUGGUAGAGAAUGAAAAGAAUGACAUAUCAAGCAGAACUAUGGAUCUUAAGAGAUCACUGGAAGAGCGAGAAGAUUCAUAUCAGAAGUUGAAUGAAGAGUAUAAACAAAUCGAUAGUUUGUUUAAGGAAUGCAUGGUCAAACUUGAAGUUGCAGAGAAGAAGAUUGAAGAAAUGGCAGGAGAGUUUCAUGAAGGCAUUGAGUCGAAAGAUAAGAAGGUAGCUGAUUUGGAACAUACAGUGGAAGAGCUUAAAAGAGACCUAGAAGAGAAAGGAGAUGAAAUCAGUACUUCGGUUGAGAAUGUUCGGAUGCUUGAGGUUAAGCUUCGUCUGUCAAACCAGAAGCUCCGGGUCACAGAACAAUUGUUGAGUGAGAAGGAAGAAAGCUUUAGGAAGGCAGAGGAAAAGUUUCAGCAAGAUCAGAGAGCCCUUGAGGACAGGAUUGCUACUUUGUCAGCAAUAAUAACGGCCAACAGUGAAGCUUUUGAUGAAAUUGUUUCUAAUCUUAAAGAGCGUGUGAACAAUGUCACGACUGGCAUAGAAACUAUAAGCUGGAAAGUUUCUGAUGACUGUAAAAAUUUCGAGGACAGUAUCUCUAACAUCUCACACGAGCUAGGGGUUGCAAAGGACCAUGUGAGGGAGAUGAAUAGGGAAAAAGAGCAGUUAAAGAGAGACAAAAACCACUUGUUGGAGCAGCUGCAGAUUAAAAAAGAACAGGAAGUGGCUUUGAGGAAGAGUGUUGAGAAGCUAGAGGCAAAAGCAAGCAAGGAGGAAUCAGAGAAGAUGAAUCUGACAACAACUGUAGUUCAACUAAAUAGGACAGUUGGAGAGCUUGAGAAAAAGAUGAAAGAGAAAGAGGAUGGCAUGCUGGACUUGGGAGAGGAGAAGAGGGAGGUCAUUAGGCAGUUGUGUUUGUGGAUUGAUUAUCACCGCAGUCGUUAUGAUUAUCUCAAGGACAUUCUAUCGAAGUCUCGCAGAGGCCAGAGUGCAGCAUAAAUCCUCUUUUCUUUUCUUUUUUUGUAUGCAGCUUGUUCGUUGUGGUGAUUCAACUUCUCAUUAGCUCAUUUUUUGUUCAUGUGAAUUGAUUCUUUUUGUGCGUGUUUGUAAUUUAAUUUGUCCAGUAUCAGGAGCAUCGUAUAGAAUUAGAUUUGUUCUUCCCUUGAAUUUGAACUGAAUAAUGGUACAGCAGUUUUUUCCUUAA